AUGCCUCCUCCAAAGGGAUCCUCUCUGUGGGAUAACCCCGAGUUCCUCAGCAAUGUCAUCAUUGGUCUUUAUGAGGCUGGGACCAUAUCCAAAGGCCUCUCCCCCAAGAUGAGAGAGGGGAUUGUCCAGUACCUCAACAACUGCGGUCACUCUGUCACUUGGGAGGGAAUACGAUCUAUGCAGAAAUGGGACGCCCAUACCCAUGAGGACAUCUUGCUUGCACUUUUCCAGCACGUCAAGAUUCCUACCUCGGAUAUCCAGAAGGUCAUGGGUGAACUCAGAGCCAAGGGAUACACCUUUACUGAAAACGCGCUUCGCCAGCACGUUCAGAAGCUUCGCAAGCAAAAGGACAUCUCGAGCAUUCAGAAUGCCGGGGGAAUCGAAACCCCCACCAAGGGAACACCAUCCAAGGCUACUCCUCGCAAGGGCGCUUCUGCCAAGAAGGCUGCAGGCAAGGGUUCUCGCAAGCGCUUCAACAGCGAUGACUCUGAAAUCGAUGAUGACGACUUCAAGAAGGAGGAGGGCCUCUCCGAGGUCGAACGGUCUCCCUCCAAGAAGCCCGUGAAGCGCGUCAAGAAGGAGCCUUCACCUGGUCUCGACGACGAAUGCCAGGUCUAA